GCCCUAUUUGUUAAUUGCGAAAAAUAAUUGGGUUAAACAAAUUAUUUACUCACUUUCUGAAAUUAAAGUAAAAAAUAAUAUUAUUUUUGGUAGAAAUAUAAAAUUGUAAUUUAUAUUAUCUGAGUAGUUUUUCUCGUCAAAGAAUAUUUAAAAAUUUAUUUCUGAUCGAUAAGAUAACCGCAUAUCUAAAGAAUAUAAUCGAUGUUUUAAUAUUAAAGAAGAAGAACAAUCAGCUUAACUUUUUGGGAACAAGGUUUUCUUGGUUUGGUUUCUGUAAAACUCUGCUUGAUAUUUAUUUACUAAAUAUGAAGCGUAUUAGUGAAAAGAAACUAGAAGCUUUCGCCGUUGGGAACAUGGGCAAACGCACUCUUUCCAAAAAGGAAAUUGAAGAACAGAAGAAGAAAGAAGAUGAAGCUGCCGCAGCACAUGUAUUCAAAGAAUUUGUGGAAACAUUUCAAGAAGCACCUAGUGCCUCAUCCAAAGUAUGGGUAAAAGCCGGUACUUAUGAUGCUGGUUCAAGACGUGAAGACAACCGCGACAAGGGUAAAUUAUAUAAACCUGGAUCAAAGCUGGAUGAGAAAAGUGCAGCAGAAAAGGCACAAGAAUACGCUAAAAUGCUUGCAUCGGACCUAAAAAAAGAUGUAGUUCCACUUAAAAAGAAAAGCCAAGAGAAAAAAAAAAGCAAUUUAGAAUUGUUUAAAGAAGAAUUAAGACAAAUACAAGAGGAACGUGAAGAGCGUCACAAAUACAAACAUCUGGCGGGUCAGGCGGUAGCUCAACAGAUCGUUGAGAAUACACCCGAAGCACGGGAAUCGGGAUCAUUCGAUACCGGCGACCCAAAUACAACUAAUCUCUAUUUAGGCAAUCUCAGUCCCAAGAUUUCAGAACAACAGCUAAUGGAAAUUUUUGGACGAUAUGGACCGCUGGCAAGCAUAAAAAUUAUGUGGCCGCGUUCCGAAGAAGAAAAACAAAGAGGUCGUAAUUGUGGAUUCGUAGCUUAUAUGAGUCGUAAAGAUGCCGAAAGAGCUCUCAGAACUCUGAAUGGACGAUACAUAAUGGGUUAUGAGAUGCGUCUAGGUUGGGGUAAAUCCGUACCAAUAAUGAACCAACCCAUUUUUAUACCACCUACACUUUUGGAACUGACUUUACCUCCACCGCCAUCUGGUCUACCAUUCAACGCCCAACCGCCACCUGCAGAUGCUCAAAGUAUACCAAGAAUUAACUACAAAGAAUACACUACAGAAGAAGAGAAAGAAAAUAUGGAAAAGAUUCUACAUAAAUCUGUUGUGAAAGUCUUCAUACCUACAGAAAAAGCGGUACUCAAUAUUAUACAUCGUAUGAUUGAGUUUGUUAUACGCGAAGGCCCUAUGUUUGAGGCAUUGAUAAUGAGUCGUGAAAUAGAAAAUCCAUUAUUUUCGUUUUUAUUCGACAAUGAAAGUCCUGCGCAUAUAUAUUAUCGAUGGAAACUGUUUUCAUUAUUGCAAGGUGAUACUCCCUCAGAAUGGAAUGAAAAAGAAUUUCGAAUGUUUAAAGGAGGUCCAAUCUGGAAGCCACCGAUAGCAAACUUUUACACAAUGGGUAUGCCAGAAGAACUAGUCGUUGAUCCCGAUGCCACCGUUGUGCACAAAGGUGCACUUUCAAAUGCCCAACGCGUUCGCCUAGAAGACCUUUUACGCCAUAUAACGCCUGAACGCUUCCGCAUUGGUGAUGCAAUGAUAUUUUGCAUCGAACACGCUGAUGCUGCAGAUGAAAUUUGUGAGUGCAUUACCGAAUCGUUAUCCAAUCCAGACACAUUGGUUUCAAAAAAAAUUGCUCGUCUUUACCUCAUCUCCGAUUUAUUGCAUAAUUGUACUGUGAAAGUUUCGAAUGCUUCAUUCUUCAGAAAAGCCAUUGAAAAACAUUUAGUGGAAAUAUUCGAAAAUUUGCACAAUUUUUUCAACUCAAUGGAGAGUCGGUUAAAGGCUGAAGGUUUAAAGUCGCGUGUUAUCAAUGUAAUACGAGUUUGGGAGGAAUGGACAAUAUAUCCUAAAGAAUUUUUAGCAAAAUUGAAAAGUGUAUUUUUGGGAAAACAGAUCGCGCCAUCUCCACCUCCAAUAGAGGAAGCUGUAGAAGAACUGCAAGACGAUAUUGAUGGGGCUCCCUUGUCAGGUGAUGAAAAGGACGACGAGGACUUAGAUGGUAUACCAUUGGAUGGUGCAGCGUUGUUAAAGAGCGCUCUGAUGAGGGGAUUACCAGAAGCGAUGUCAAUACAAAAAAGUACACCCACAAGGAGAGGUGCCGGUAUUGAAGAAGAUGACGAUAUUGAUGGAGUACCAUUGGACGAAGACAUUGAUGGCAUACCUUUGGAAAAACUACCUUCUGAUUUCAGCGAUGCUCAGAUGAGAUCAAAUGCCAAAAGUGGUGCGUUCAUACCAUCGAAGUGGGAAACAGUUGAUCCCGAACAAGUUGAAGCUCAGGCAAUCACAACUAGUAAAUGGGAUACUUUGGAUCCACCACAAGCACCAAAGUUUUAUGAUUCUAGUGAUGACGAACAGUUAAACAAUAAUGUUGCACAUCAUUACGACGACGAUAAACGCACAAAGUUACGUGAAAUUGAAGUGAAAACAAUGCAAUAUCAAGAUGAGUUAGAAGCAGGCUUGAGACAACUAAAAUCAGGCUGGACUAUAAGUGAGCAAGUGGAGUACUUUAGGCUCAAGUUACUAAAAAGGGACACUGAUGUAACAGAUUCACCAUUAUCGUUUAUGAAUACGAAAGAUAAUCGUCGAGGGAGUGAAUCUCCAGAUAGCACUAGCAGACGAGCACGUCGUCUUAAGCGGUCGCCUUCACCAGUACAAUAUAAUAGCAGCAGUUCACGAUCAUCGCCAGCGCGUACAAGUUAUAAACGAUCGCGUUCUCCACUAACUACACGACGCGAAGGAUCGCCUACCACUUCUGGCACGCGCACCGCUAAAUCUUCAAGACGAAAUCGUUCACGUUCUCCUUCAGACUCGCCAAAACGGUAUGCAGAACGCACAAUAUAUUUAUCAAAAUCAGCUCGAUAUGAAAAUUCACCACGUUCCCGCAAGUCGCCUUCACCAGGCUACUCAUCGUCGCGUUCAACUAAACGUGAUGAUAGAGAACGAGAAUAUCGUAGCGAGAAGCAUAAAAACCGCCAUAAGCAUUGAAUUCAGAAGGAAGAGUACAUCAUAAAUGUAUAUAAGCAUUUCCUAUAAUUAAGCAAUAAAAAAAAAUUAUUUAAUUAAACUUACAAGUUAUCAUGAUACAUGCAUAGUUUAAUAAGGUCGGUAUGCAGGUAUACUUUAAAUGUCAAUGGAAUUCAGUUUCAAUGGAAGUAAACUAAAAUACGAGGCAGAAAUAAACCAUAGCCAAUUUUAUAGCUUGAA